GCCCCUCCAGCGCUCCCCCGCCCGUGCCGCAUGUUUGGAAUUGUUGUGAUGGGGGAGGCCGCAGCCAUCUUGGAUGAGCGCCGCUCCGCACCGAGCAAGAAAAGCAAGCAGAGGACGGACGGCGUUAACGACAGGAGCUAGCUAACAUUAGCUGUUCGGUCAGACUACCUACGUAAUGCGACUAUGAUUUAUAAACGUUCUUUAAGUCCCUUAAACGACACCUAAAGUGUGCGGAGAUGGAUUUAAGACGUGUCAGGCGGUGAUAGUUGUGUUUUGAGAGCUGGCGGAGGCGUUGCAGACCCUCGGUAUAUUAUUAAAUUUCUAGAUAGAAGAGUUACUAUGAAUGGAGGAUAAAUGUUGCCGAAGGCUGAUAGCAGCAGUUUCCUCCUCUUUUCUCUUCUCUUUGUCCUCACCGUAACGGACUCGCCUCGGACAGGUCCACGGCUAGCCCUGGCAAGAUUAUUGUCAGAGCAGCGUUGCAACACCGGGCAGUUUGCCUGCCACAGCGGAAAGAUCCACUGCAUCCCAAUAGAUUGGCAGUGCAAUGGCUGGACAGAAUGCGAGGACGGGAGCGAUGAGAUCGGCUGUCUGUCUUCAACAGAAGAGAUAAUUCAUUUUCGGGAUGGCUAUGAACAGGUAGAAGAAGUCAUCGGUGUUCCCCAGCCAGUGCGCUUCAACAAGAAAUGUCCCAGCGGGUGGCACCACUACGAGAAAACAGCCAGCUGCUACAAAGUCUACCUGAGGAACGAGAACUACUGGCAGGCCGUCGACACGUGUCAGAAGGUCAACGGCUCUCUGGCCACAUUUGUGACCAACGAGGAGCUGCAGUUCAUCCUGAAGAUCGAGGUGGACUUUAAUGACAAAGUCUGCAGAGAUCAGUUCAAUUUUUGGGUGGGGUACCAGUACGUGAUCACCAAUGAGAGCAACACACUGAAAGGCCGCUGGGAAGUGGCUUACAAAGGGUCCAUGCAGGUGUUUUUGCCCCCUGAGAGUCUGGCCAAACUCGGGGAGACUUCCCUUUCUCAGGACAACGUCUUCUGCGCUCAGCUGCAGCGCUUCCAGAUGAAGAACAUCAACGAGCGAGGGUUCCACAGCUGGCACGUGGACAACUGCUACAAGAAGUUCCCGUUCCUGUGCAAGAGGAAUGUCAUCUCCCCGCUCCCUUUAGGACAAACCUGCGUGGACAUAAAGGACAACGUGGUGAACGAAGGCUACUACUUCACCCCCAAGGGGGACGACCCCUGCUUGAGCUGCACGUGUCACGACGGCGAGCCGGAGAUGUGCGUCGCCGCGCUUUGCGACCGACCGCAAAACUGUGACGACUUUCGUAAGGACCCCAAAGAGUGCUGCAAGUUCACCUGCCUGGAUAUAGGUGGAAACAGUCUGUUCGACUCCAUGGCGAGCGGCAUGAGGCUGAUCGUCAGCUGCAUCUCCUCCUUCCUCAUCCUCUCCCUGCUGCUCUUCAUGGUGCACAGGCUCCGUCAGAGAAAGCGGGAACGCAUCGAGACGCUGAUCGGCAGCAACUUGCACCACUUCAACCUGGGCAGGCGAGUCCCGGGCUUCAACUACGGCCCGGACACCUUCGGGACCGGUCUCACUCCUCUGCACCUGUCUGACGAAGAGGGCAGAGCCUUUCACUUCCAGGAGCCGCCUCCACCCUACGCAGCCUACAAAUACCCCGACAUCCAUCACCCGGACGACCCGCCGCCGCCAUACGAAGCCUCCAUCAACCCAGACACCUUCCUCUACGUGGACCUCGGACACACGGGGGUCUCCAUGGUGCCGAGCCAAAUGAACGCCAUGGAAGACGCGCUCCAGGUCGACGUUCCAGACAGCUCUGCUCCCAUCCAAGACUCGGCGCCGCCCUCCCAGGAGAGGGCGGACUCCAUAGACAGCAGCACGCUCCUGGUGGGGCCUGACACUCCGACAGACGAGCAAGCCCCGCCCCCCGUAGGGGCAGACCACACCUCCUCCCUCAGCACUGUCAUAUAGUGGGUGAGGGAAGGUGUUUUCUGGCCUUUUCUCAUGGACUGUAGGGGGGGGCAAGUGUACAGAAAUAUCAGACGGUGGAGCUGCCACUUUUCCCUCGAGUCGUUUUACAGAAAGGUGCUGAUUUUGUGCAAACACCUGCAUUUUUCAGCUUUUUUUGUCCUCUGAACAGUAACAUUUGAAAAAGCACAGAUUCUGCACAAAAAGAAAAGGAAAAAAAAAACAGUUGGUCCAGGAUGAGAGAGUGUUCUCUUUUCCCGCUGACUGAGCAAACCUGAAAAAAAAGACCUGAUUGGUCAAGAAAUCCUGCUGUAAAUACCCUCCUGGGUUCACGCUCAUCAGAACAUCGCCUUUCAGUCCAAACGCAGGGCAAAACAAGGACAUCGACGCCGCAAUAACAAAAUCCAGUGCAAACUCAUAAAAAUGAUCAUUUUGUUGAAUAUUUAGUUGAACUCAGAAGGUAAUGGAAGUUUCCUGCUGUUCUUUUUUUCUUGGGAGGUGGGUGGAAAGCUUUAGAUAUCAAAUAGAUUCUGAAUUGUGUUUAAAGUGAUAAUUUAUGACUGCAGACUGUAUUCUGUUGUAGAUUUAGGCGGGUUUGUGAAAGGCUGUUAUUGAGAUUUGUUUAAAAAUUGGAAGAAAAGAAAAUCAAAGGAUGGAGUCAUCGUACUAACAACAAAUCCCCUUUAUUUCAUCAUGUGGAUGAAGUUCCAUUAAAUGUUCAUUUGUGAGGAUCAGUCUUUGCAUCUGGAUGCUGCCCCUCCACCUUUACGAGUGUGUAGACGAUGCUGCUGACUGUAGCUGAGAAGGUUUUAUUUAAAAAAAAAUUUUCCAUCAAAUUGUUUUUUUUUGGAACAAUCAUUUGAUUUUCUCCUGGAUGAGGUUCCCAAAGCUGAAAGAACCUGGACUAUCUUCCCAACCACCAGCGUCCGGAACAACCGAUCGGAUAAAAUAUGUUGUAUUGAAUGUCACAUAAUUUGUCCAUUUUUUUUUUUUUUUGCAUCGACAAUCCGCAGUGGAUUACCCAAUAAACAAGUGUGCAUGUGUGCUUUUAAACAUUCAGAACCACACACAAAAGCACAACAAGUUUGGUUUUUCUCCCAUUUUUUUAUUUUGGACAUUUCUGUGCAUGUUUUUAUCUUUUGGCAUGCAGAGACUUGUCUUUUUCAUUUUUUUUUUUUUUUCGGUUGAAGCAUCUUUGGCUGUUAAAAAGCUCAGAAGUUCAGCAUCUCCUCAUGAACUGAAACCUGCUCUCUCCACCCAAACGGAUUUCUAGCCUGUGGUGUAAAGACUCAUUUUUCUGAGAGCGGUUUGGGAUGUUUUAAAUGUAAAAACAACUAAUGCUAAAUGAAUUUUAUUGUCUCAUUUGAUAGCCUUUGAAAUUAAAAAACAAGAUGCUUUAA